ACGAUUUCAGCUUCUCGGUGGCGUGAUGUAUCUUAUAUACACUAUUCAAGGGUGCUGAAACGUUAACAUGGACAAACCACUGAAGGACGGCCCGGCUGACCACGAGAUGAGUGACUCCAGGAAGAACUCUGGGAAGCAGCCAGUCACAGCCUGCCUGUUGAGUGCAGCCUUCUUCGGCGCCCUGGGCUCAUCUUUCAUUUACGGCUACAACCUCUCCGUGGUCAACGCCCCCGCUUCGUACAUUAAGGCUUUCUACAAUAAGACAUGGGUUGAGAGAUAUGGGGGGCCCAUUCCAGCAGAGACAUCCACCCUCCUGUGGUCCAUCACCGUGUCCAUAUUUUCUAUCGGAGGCCUUUUCGGAGCGUUGUCAGUCUCUUUAUUCAUCAGAGUGCUGGGAAGAAAGGGAACCUUGCUGCUGAAUAACAGCUUUGCUGUAAUAGCUGCUCUGGUGCUGUCCCUGGGUGAGACGGCCAAAUCCUUUGAGAUGCUCAUCAUUGGCCGGAUCAUAAUAGGGUUUGACUCUGGUAUCGCUCUCAGCGUGCUUCCCAUGUACCUGGGAGAGAUUACGCCAAGACAUAUCAGAGGUUCCAUUGGCCAGUUCAACUCCAUCCUGAUCUGCCUGGGAGUGUUCACAGGACAAGUGAUGGGCCUGCCUGAGCUGCUGGGUCAGGAGUCCAGGUGGAACUACCUGUUUGCUUUCCUGGCAUUGCCGGCAAUUCUGCAGCUGUGUGUGCUGCCCUUCCUCCCCGAGAGUCCUCGCUACCUUCUGAUGGAGCGGAGGGAUGCGGCCGGAGCGGAAAGAGCCUUCCAGAGGUUUUUGGGGAAGAAGGAUGUGUCCCAGGAGCUGGAAGAGGUCCAUGCGGAGGCUCGAGCUCAGGACAACCUACACAUCGCCUCUGUGUUGCAGCUGCUGAGGAGCCCAGCUGUUCGCUGGCAGCUCAUCACCGUCAUCAUCACCAUGACCUGCUAUCAGCUCUGUGGCCUCAAUGCUAUCUGGUACUACACCAAUGGGAUCCUUCGGGAAGCGGGCUUUGCCGAGAAGGUUCUCCCCUACAUCACACUGAGCACCGGGGCCAUAGAGACUUUGGCUGCCAUCAUCUCGGGCUUAGUGAUAGAACGAAUCGGGAGGAAGCCCCUGCUCAUAUUUGGCUUCUCUGCCAUGGCCGUGUUCUUCAGCCUGCUCACAGUGUUCCUCAAUAUCCAGAACAGUGUGUCAUGGAUGCCCUACCUCAGUUACGUCUGUAUACUGGCUGUGAUCGCGUCCUUUUGCUCCGGGCCAGGUGGAAUCCCCUUCAUCCUGACCGGGGAACUGUUUGAACAGUCCUACCGACCUGCCGCUUUCAUGAUCGCCGGCACCGUAAACUGGCUGUCCAACUUUGCUGUGGGCCUCCUGUUCCCAUUCAUUCAGGAGAAGCUGCAGACUUUUGCCUUCCUGGUGUUUGUGGUGGUCUGCAUCUUGGGAUCCAUCUACCUUUAUUUUGUCCUCCCUGAAACUAAAAAUAAAACAUUUAUGGAUAUCAGCCAGAGCUUUGCCAAGAUCAACAAAAUCCCCGUCCCCUCCCCCAGUCAUGAAAUGGAGAUGGUUCUGUCCAAUAAGCCUGACCUGAAUGGAAAAGUCCAAGACGCUGCUAAGACGGAGAGUUCUUUCUAG